GGUCCAGUCUACACCGUACAGGACGUCCUGUGAAGCGCUGUGAGACGUCGCGAAGACGUGCUAAGGCGCCGUAUCAAAAUGCAAGGCUGAUGAUUAUAGAUCUACUUCUUUUUAAGUGGCGGUGAGGGGACCCAAACAUCGGAAAGGAAACUUCGAGAGAGACAUUCCUGCCUGUGGCGCAUGGCAGAGACCCAGUUGCACUAAACAGCGGUCACUAACCUGCCUGAUGCCAACAGAGGCAUCUCCCAGGAACCUCCUGAUGCAUUAGUCUCCAUGGCCGCCAGCGCUGGACUUCGAGUCAGACGCUGCUCCCACCAACAAUCGCGUUGAAAAUCAUUCAGACACAGAUACACUGAAGCAAAAGAGUGAAUCUCUCCUUUUUUUUUUGAGCGUGCUAAAGGGAUCACUGAUCGAACCCGAUCACACCGAUUCAUCUAUACUGGGCCCACCUGCCGCGACACAUCCUGGGAGUCUUCGGUUCUCUCAGAGGUUGGGGACUCGACCCGAGGUCAGACGUCUUGUAUCGAAGACAAGGAAAUGGCAGCUGAGACGCAAACACUCAACUUCGGACCUGAAUGGCUGCGUGCUUUGUCCAGCGGUGGGAGCAUUGCCUCCCCCCCUCCUUCACCUGCCUUGCCAAAAUAUAAAUUAGCGGAUUACCGAUAUGGGAGAGAAGAAAUGCUAGCACUUUAUAUGAAAGAUAACAAGGUUCCCGAGGAGCUGGCCGAUAAGGAGUUUCUGGCUAUAUUACAGGAUGAGCCCCUCCCACCGUUAGCACUUGUACCUCUUACAGAGGAAGAGCAGAGGAACUUUUCUAUGUCCGUAAACAGCUCCGCCGUGAUGAGGUUGAUGGGCCGUGGACCAACAGCCCCCACCGCCGGCGUAGCUAGAGGCCGAGGGGGGGCAAGAGGUAGAGGGCGGGGGCGGGGGGAGAGUGGAUUCUAUCCGCGGAGCUUUGAAGACGUGGAGGGCGGCUUUGGUCGGGGGGCACGGGAGAUGCUACGGAGUCAAAGUUGGGAGGAAAGAGGUGACAGGCGAUUCGAGAAGCCGGGGCGCAGAGAAGGAGCGCGUGUAGGCUUCGAAGAGGUGCCCCUGGCGACCCGCAAGCAGGACUUUGCGCGCUCGGACAGCGAGAACUGGAGGGCAAUCCGCGAGGAACAGAACGGAGAGGAUGAGGACGCGGGCUGGAGGAUGGCUGACUGCCCCCGCUCGGCGGGCUGGCGCGACCACGGGGACCAGCGGCGGCGGAGGUUCGAGUUCGACUUCCGGGAGCGAGACGAGGAGCGGGCGUUCAGGCGAGGGCGCACGGGGAGCGGCAGCUACGAGGACGAGAGGGACAGCCUGCCCGAGUGGUGCCUGGACGACGCGGAGGAGGAGAUGGGCACCUUCGACUCCUCGGGGGCUUUCAUGUCGCUGAAGAAAGGCUCGAAGGAGCCUAUUCCCGAAGAGCACGAGCUGGAUUUCCGGGGAGUGGACGAGUUGGAAGAGCGACAGGAGAACGAAUACGAUAUGGAGUUCUACAAGGAAUCCGACCGAACGGAAAACGGAGACUUGGACCGAGCGGAACUGGUCACCGAGGUCUACAACGGGAAGAUCUCUCCCUCCUGCUCGUCCUCCUCGCCCUCGGAAUCGCAGCCCCACGAGGUGUUCCUGCCGGUGGCUGAGGAUUGCGAGACGGUGCUACAGAGACCCUCCGAGCCAGAGGCCGGGCACCACCCCACCCCCGAAGCCCAGGCCCACAGCAAGGCGGCUGCUGCUGAUGAAGCUGUGAGCUUGGGACAGCCCGCCCAGCUCAGCCCGGCCACCGUCUCCACCCUGUCCUCCUCCUCGCCCUCCUCCUCCCCUCCUUACCCCGGGAACCCGGCUGAGUUCACCCCCAUGGACAACGACGACGAUGAAGGGAUGAAACGCUUUGAACAGGAGGCCGAGAAGAUGGUGGCUUCACUGCACGACAACUCGCUGGACGACGAGCGGUUCAUGGAGAUGAUGCAGGACCAACGCAGCCGGGCGGCUGCAGCUCUACCCCUCUCGCACGAGGCUGCUAUGAAAUGGUUCUACAAGGACCCGCAGGGAGAGAUCCAAGGUCCGUUCACAACGCAGGAAAUGUCUGACUGGUUCCAGGCCGGCUACUUCCCCAUGUCGCUGCUGGUUAAACGCGGGUGCGACGAAGGUUUUCAGCCCCUGGGCGACGUGAUCAAGAUGUGGGGAAGAGUGCCUUUCAGCCCCGGUCCAUCUCCCCCACCAUUACUGCCUGUCCCUUAUACUGUAAACAACCAGCACAGCAAUCAAGAGAGCAGACAAAUGGAAUUAUGGUCUUCCCACAGUCCUCCUGAAACCACUGCUUUUUCUCAGCAGGGAGACAUGGAUCAGGGGCGACUGAAGAAACAGAGGGAGUUGGCGACGGCUCUGUAUCACCAGCUACAAUACCAGCAAUUCCUCCAGCUCAUCAACAGUCGGCAACAGCAAGCCCAGUGCGCUCUGCAGCAGAAAGCCAGCAUGACGCAGCAACAACAACAACAACUUGUUCUCUUCCUGCAGCAGAUCCAGGCUCUCAAAUCCAGGUGUGCAGAGCAAAACAUGAUUCCUUCAAACAUCAACCGAUCCAUGUCUGUUCCCGAAGGCUCACUCUGGGAUAUGUCGAACUCUGCUUCCCAGUCAGCAGGCUGUGAAGCUGCGAGUUUAUGGGAAUCAGCUUCUCAGGGACCAUUACUAGAACAACUUCAAAAACUAGAGAGGGAGAAAGUUACAAAA